AUGUGCGGCAAACCGCUGAGAGUGGCCCUGGCAGAGGUCGCGGAAUGCUCGUUUGUUCUGGGCAAGUGGCUAAAGCAGUUCAAAACAGCAUUAAUAGUGGUAUUACCGAAAGCCGGAAAGACACCAGAAGAGAAGACCCUUCCAGGGGCCUACCGGCCUAUCGCGCUUCUUAGCUGCAUAAGGAAAGUCAUAGAGAAAGUUAUCGGUAACCGUAUGAUGGAGGCAGCGGAGACACACGGGCUCCUUCCCGAGGGCCAAAUGGGGAACCGUAAGGGCAGGUCAACAGAACAUGCGAUCCGCAUGGUAGUCAAAGCAGUCUAUGCAGGAUGGAGCUACGGUGCGGUAGCCACGCUGAUGCAGCUGGACAUCAUGGGGGCCUUCGAUGCCAUCGUCUUUACGCGGCUCUGCCACAUUCUAUGGAAGAAGGGAUACCCUAUGUAA